AAGAAAGAGAAAUUUCGGACCGAGAAAGUUUAUCCGAAGAAACUAUUGGGCCCGAGAGUUUAGCCUCUAACCAAAGCACCCAAAUUUAUUUUACCCAAGCAAUGGCCCGUAUGCGUAAGGGAAUUUUUCUUGACCCCGAAAAGGUGGUUUUGAAAACUCCCGAGCAGCGAAAAACUAGCGUGGAAAGAUAUUUAAAUUAUAAAGAUAGAAAAGAAACCCAAGAACUUAUAGAUGAGUUAGAAAAGGAACUAGAAAUAAUUUCUCGGAUCGAGAAUUCUUUAUCGAAACAUUCAGGACAAGAAAAGGAAUUAAUCGCUCAAACUAAACAGACAGAAAAUACUCAAACCCAAGAACGUUUUUCUAUCAAAAAUUUUUUAUUAGAAAAUUCUUACUUGGUCCAAUUCAAGGAGAAAGAAGCCAGCGGAAAGAGUUUAAGUAAGGCCGAAAAAGCUAAGCAAGAACGCAUUUAUGACUUGCGAGAUAAAGUAUUUAGCAACAUAAAAAAGGAGUUAGUUAAGUAUAUUACCAAGCAACAAUUAAAGAUAAAACGAACGACUUUUGAGCCGCAACCGAAUAAAAAAGCCAUGUAUAGAAUAGACCGCAACAAUUUUUUUGUUAAACCCAAAAAUAGCACAGUUUACACUCCAAAAGAAGUAAGUAUAGAAGUUGAAUCAGAAGAAGUUGAAGUGGUUGAAACUUCUACUCAGCAAAUUCCGGAAACUGAGGGAACAGGAGAAAUAAGUGAAAAUGUUUCUGAUAAUAGAGAAAUAGCAGAAACUGGCCGAUCUAUUUCAGAGGAAGAAAUAAGUUAUUUAAAUUACCUAGAAUCACAAAUUGAUACUUUGAAGAUAAGCGCGAUUGAAAAUGAAAAUACUAGAAAUCGUUUAACUAAUCUUUUAAGAGUAAACGAGCAAGAUUGA